UAUCUGAUUAUGUGUGCCGCGAGUCGAAGCCAGCGCUGCAUUUGACGGAGAGCACCAUGCUGUGGUGGGUCCUGCUGGGCUUGGGGCAGCUCCUCUCUCUGCUUGGCCUUGCUGUUCCAGAUGACUUCCCCUUGAUUUCGCCCAAAAACUGCAGCCUGGACUGCAUCAUUAAGGGAGGGAAUAACUGUGAAUACUGUAGAAUCACAAGAGAAGAUAUCUCACUGAAGUUAGGUGUGGCCAGAGAGGAGAUGUUUGGGGACUGUGUUCCCUGGCCCUGCAACUUCUUCCUGGGGAUGCAUACUCCUGCCGCCUGCCAGCAUUAUGUGCACGCCCCUCACGAUGUCACCGUGGAGUUCAUCACCAAUGACGACCCUACAUUCGAAACUGCUGUCAUCUCCUGGAGGCCAAGCAUUUAUGGCAUUGCAUUCCUCAGAGGAUUCCAGGUGUCACUGCAGGCUCUGGGCGGGCCACAGCUCUACUGCCAGCUAUUCCUAUUCCAGAGCAACCUAUCUCUGUCAGCCAUGGAGGCCCAAAGGGUGUACAGGUCAGACCCCUUCCCGCACCUAGCCCUGGGUAUGCAGUUUGCUGUCACGGUGAUGGCCCUGCCAGUCCCAGAGGUGUGGGACAACUUCUACCACAGCAAGUACUUCUUCACACGCACAUGUCUAGAGAAGAAUGGACUAGAGAAAUGCCAGAGGGACUGGUACCCAACAGAUAUCAAAGUGCAGCAGGACGGACGUGAUAUUAUCGUGACCUUUAACCUUGCACCGCCAGAUCUUGGAAUCAGCCAUUACUUUUCGUGGUGCUAUGGAGGGGGGAUGCGUAAUUACACUUCAAUCGAAGCAAGUCCCACAGUCAAUAAGACCCACCACAGUUACCACCUAUUUGGCCUCCAGUCAGGAACCAAUUAUUCCUGUGAGAUAGCUGCUGAUGUGGUGGAUGCUAUCAGAAAAACAUUUUCCUUCCAAGUGAUGCAAAUGGAAGACGAGCCCCCCACCGCUGACUCCGCCCUUCUGGCUUUGCUGCUUCCUGUGGUUAUAGUGCUUGCCAUUAUAUUUUUAGGUUUACUGACUGUCAUCAGCAAGAAGAAACUGAAGAAAAGGAUGAGGGAGAUGAAAGAGAAUGCAGAGGUCAUUAAACCACAUGAUGGCAAGUGUAUGCACGAAGAACAUAGCCCGAUCCUUAUGACAAGACCCCACCCUCCUCGACUCCUGAUUUGCUACUCCAGUAUAGAUGGUCCCUCCCAUGCCAGGGCAGUUAUGCUAUUUGCUGCCUUCAUGCAACAGCACAUGGCUACUCAGGUGUGUCUGGACAUGUGGGAGGCACUCAGUUUGAUCGAAGAGGGAACCAUGAGCUGGUACUGUCGCCGGAUCCAGGAGAGCGACUUUGUGCUGGUGGUGUGCUCCCGGGGGCUGAAACAGCAGCUAGGGAGGAAGGCUCAGGAGCCCAGAGAAUGCUGGGAGGGGGAUACAUCCUUGGUGGCAGUAUCCCUGAUCGGGGAGGAACUUGGCAGGGCCAAGUCCAAGGGGCAUGACCUGUCGAAAUACAUGACGGUCAUUUUUGACUACUCGAAGGAAACGGACAUCCCGGCAGUUCUGGGCCUGGCCUCCCGGUACUCCCUGAUGAGAGACCUGCCGUUGCUGUUCUCACACCUCCAUGGGGUGGCCCUGCAGAGGCCCGGGCAGCACCUGCAGGUGGAACACAUCUCAGAAGAGGGGUACUGUGACCUGCCUGCAGGGGCUGCUCUGAAAUGGGCCAUCUAUGAGGCUGGGCAGGUAUACGGCUGCCAGGAAGAGGAGGAGUAAAGGACUUUGGAGAGGAAAUGAUGUCAGUGACAGUGACGACCGGGCUGCUUUAACACUUAACAGCAUACUGCUCCUCAAACAUGCACGAAUACCCUAGUGUGUUGGGGGAACCAGGGAUAUGUGUUAGUCCUCAAACAUUAGAACAAUAUUAUUCCUAUAACAAGGAUUUUCUAUGCGAUAAAGGCUUUUAUCCAUUUACCCAUUUAGGGGCAGCAGUGUAGCGUAGUGGUAAAGAGCAGGACUCCAAACCCAAAGUUUUUCGGUUCGUUUUCCCUGCUGGGGCACUGCUGUUGUAACCUUGAGCAAGGCACUAACCCAGAAUUGUCUCAGUAAAUAUGCAGCUGUAUAAACUGAUAACAUGUAUAAAACCAAUUAUAACCUUUACAAGUCAUUCUGGGUAAGAGUGUGUGCUAAAUGCCAAUAAUGUAAUUUAUAGGUGUCUUCCUUCAAAAUGUGAUGCAACUUUGAGAAAGGAGAAAUUAUAGAGGAACCAGGCAGAGUUUGAAUCUCUGUGGUAUUUAUGCACAACUGUUGUGUCUGUCUCAUAGCACUGACAGGUGAAUGUGUUUGAUACUUUGUCUCAAGGCUUAUCUGCGCACAUCAAACUUCAGCUGCUAUGUGAAAUCUUAUGCACUCACGGCUCAGAAUAUUACUACACUAAAAUGUUCUCUUAUUGCUAAUAACAAGGAUUCAUUGAAGUGUUGCUAUAUUAUAACAUGUACUGCAUGAAAAUACCUUUUGUAAUUGAUUUUCAGUCAUUGUUC